CUUUAACACUUGCUUUCCUUAAUAAUAAACGUGAUAAACGAUUGCCACUUUUAGUUCUAUCCUCUCUAUAUAUACAUCAUCCAAUAUCUGAGGAAAAUCAUCAGAAACUAACCCUUUCUUCUAAAAACAAUUUCAAACCUUAAAUUUAUAUUUGUCACAGUUAUUCAUAUACAGAUAUGAGUUGCAACAUCUUCAACGGGAAAAUUCAAAAUCUACGGCCAGCAAUUAGCCAUACGACCGCUUAUAGAAGAACUGAAAUUGUUUGUGCUAAAACUUUGACGAGGGAUAAUCCUAACUCCGGCAAAAUUGAGGUAGUAAUACCGGCCGUGAUGAAGAACCGAGUUACGACUCACAUGCCGCAACUCGUUCCGGGAAAAUUUGGGAGAUUUGGUGGCAAAUAUGUCCCUGAGACUCUUAUUGCAUGCUUGAAUGAGCUUGAAGCUGUAUUUAACACGGUUUUACAUGACCGUGAGUUUCAGGAGGAGCUUGCGGUGGCUCUAAGAGACUAUGUAGGGAGAGAGACUCCAUUAUAUUUUGCGGAGCGGCUGACGAACCAUUACAAGAAUGAAGUCGGAGAAGGGCCUGAAAUUUACUUGAAAAGAGAAGAUCUGAACCAUUGUGGAGCUCACAAGAUGAAUAACUCAAUUGCUCAGGCCAUGAUUGCCAAACGCUUGGGCUUUAAAAAUGUAGUGGCGGCCACCGGAGCUGGCCACCAUGGUGUUGCGACGGCUGCUGCGUGUGCUAAGCUUUCUCUGAAGUGUACUGUUUUCAUGGGUACUUCAGACAUGCAAAAACAAUCCUCCAACGUACGGUUAAUGAAUCUCUUAGGAGCUGAGGUUAAACCAGUGGAAGGAAAUUUCAAAGAUGCGAGCUCGGAAGCUAUAAGACAAUGGGUGGGUAAAUUAGAGACAAGCUACUACUUGACCGGAACAGUCGUCGGACCUCACCCAUGCCCAAGCAUGGUCCGGGAGUUUCAAUCGGUCAUCGGAAAGGAAACGAGAAGACAAGCAAUGGAGAAAUGGGGUGGCAAGCCAGAUGUUCUAGUGGCAUGUGUCGGAAGUGGGUCAAAUGCAUUAGGGUUGUUCAGUGAAUUUAUUAAUGAUAAUGAUGUGAGGUUGAUCGGAGUUGAGGCCGCCGGAUUCGGCUUAGAUAGCGGAAAACACUCGGCGACUCUAGCCAUGGGUGAAGUGGGCGCAUAUCAUGGAGCUAUCACGUAUUUAUUGCAAGAUGAUCAAGGCCAAAUUGUAUGUCCCCACUCUAUUGGUGUCGGACUAGAAUAUCCAGGAGUAAGCCCGGAACUGAGUUUUCUUAAAGAAACAGGACGUGCAGAAUUUUAUUCUGCCACAGAUAAAGAAGCCGUAGAUGCAUACAAAAGGCUAUGCAGAUUAGAAGGUAUAUUUCCAGCAUUAGAGGCAUCUCAUGCAUUGGCAUUUCUGGAGAAACUUUGCCCUAAUUUACCAGAUGGCACCAAGGUUGUUGUCAGCUGCAGUGGUCGUGGAGAUAAAGAUGCCGCCACAGUCUUAAAUUACUAGUGAGAAUUAAAUGGAUGACGAGUAUUAGAUUAUAGCUAAAAUAGCUUACAUGAUAUUAACAUACUAAUAUAUGUAAUUAAAUAAUUGGUUACUAAUUAAAGUGUAGUUGGUGAUUGCAAGAUAUAUAAUACUAAUAAAAUAUAGUCUAGUUAGGGAUUGAUGUAUAAUAAAUAUCUGGAAUUUAUAAAGA